AUGUCUGCAACACCGCUCCACGAUCUCUGGGAGGCCUCCGCGAGCCAGCCUUUCCAGCCCACCGUCGGCAAAGACGCCCAGCUGCAGAUCGGCUUCACCCUCCUCUUCCUCGGCCUCAUCUUCGCUGGACUGUUCGGAUUGAAUAACUCGCUGAAGAACGUUCCGCUUUAUGGCAUCCCGGCUUCGUUGGCAUUCGGUUUUGGCGCGGUGUACAUGAUCUGCGCCGUGGGCGUAUAUGUGUAG